UCUCGUAAGUUUAAAAUGAAAAUCAUAAUUACUUGUUUAUUUGUAAUUUUCGCAAUGAAUGCUAUAGGCCUUAUUGAAGAGGCAGAAGGUGGCGUUAAUUCCUGUAACUCACUAAAUAGUGUUGGAUGUUCAAUUACAUGUUUAGCUCAACACCAUCAGGGAGGUUCUUGUAAAGGGGGCCAGUGUCGUUGCCAAAAUUAAC